UUUUACAAAUGGCCGCCGGCGGCUUUACAACAAGCAGAAGCAAAUACGAACGGGCCACGUUCACAGAAUAAUUUUUCAACGACAUGGCUUCCUUCUUAUUGAAUUUUGAAAGAAAUAUUAAUUGUUUUUUAAGAAAUGCACAUUUAUUACAGUAUUUAAUUGUUUUUAUUGGACUAUUCAGUGUUUCAUUGGGACUUUACGAGGAUCAAAUAGGAAAAUUUGACUGGAAACAAAGUUAUGUUGGAAAAGUUAAAUUUGCCAGUUUUGACACGGUGUCAACGACGAAAAAAAUCAUUGUCGCGACAGAAGAAAAUGUCAUCGCCGCUCUAAAUCUCAAGUCAGGUCAAAUACUUUGGAGAAGAGUUUUAGAGCGAGGCAGUGGCGGCCGAAUAAGGGCACUAAGCGGAAUAGAAAAUGAAUUAUUAAUUUCUGUAAGUGGCGGUAUACCAGCGAUUGUGAGGGUUUGGGAUUUGGCAAGUGGACAUAUUAUAAACGAAUGGCCAUUGACGGAGAGAAACCCCGACAGGAUAGAGGACGUGAAAUGGUACAUUAAGGACGGUAUUUUAAAUCACAUUCUACCGAUUUUCAACAGUGGUGUUGAAAUUACAUCAUAUGACAGUAAAACCGGAGAGAAGCUAAAAACACGAACAGUUUCCGCUCCGUUUAUAAGUCCAGAAACCGAGUGCGUUUUAGCGGCGCCAUAUUUAGGUUGCUUGAAAGGCGAGAACGACUUGGCAAUUCUCUUUUUAAUAAAUAUAUUUGAACCAAAUUCAGAGCCACAGACAAUCACGAUAAACAGUAUAUUUGGCGCGGGAGUUCAAAGUCCUUAUCGUCUUGAAUUAGUUCGCGGCGAUAAAUCCGCACUGAUAAUAAGCGCCGAUGGCAAUGCGAGAAAACGAAUUCUCAUCACUGAAAAUGAGCCGACAAUAUUGGAAAAAGAAAUUUCAGGCGAUGCUUCCGUUUAUAUUGUUGCCGUCGAAAAGGAGAAGGCCCUAUUGGAAAUGAUCAGUAAAAAUGGCAUGACGGAAGUGACAGCAACGGAACUUUCGAGUAUGAAACCAUUGCCAGCAUUGUCAUUUACCACUAAUCAUAAUUCAUUGCAAGCGCCGAUUAUAAUGGCGUCAAUUUGUCCACGACAAUCGAAGGGAAUAAUGUGUAGAAAUCUUGUUUCGUCGGAGGAUCAUAGUCUUGUAUUAUUGCAAUUCAAUAAAUUGGUUUGGGUGAGAGAGGAAGCUUUGAGUUCAAUUGUGACUUCGGAAAUUGUCGAACUUCCCAUGUCGGACAGAGAUCAAGCAAUUGAAACGGAAUUCGAUCAAAAAGAAAGGAACAUCAUUGACAUGGUUAUACGAAGGAUUAGUUCACAAGUUUAUCAGGCGAAAUCAUUGAUUCAGUCACUUUUGGGAAUUGAGCCACAACAAUCAAAUCAAAGAGCCGAUUUGGUUCGCGAUAAAUUUGGUCUUCAUAAAAUGAUCGUUGCCGUCACUUCCAGUGGAAAGAUUUUCGGUAUUGAGACGAGAAAGGGAGAGAUAAUUUGGCAGUCGAGAGUAUCAAACAUUCAAGGAUUAUCAAAGGAUUCAAAUAAAAUGAUUUUAUAUUUACAAAGAGGUAGCAGACAUUUUCCUCAUCCUCCCCAAUGCGCCUUAGUUGCAGCCAAUAAGGAUAACGGAAACGGUGUUAUAUUCACAUUCAAUCCAAUAACUGGUCAAUCAAUAGGAAAAUUAAUGAAAUUUGACUUUAAAAUAAAGCAAUCGAUGCUUUUACAUGCAGCCACUGACGAUUUUCUUCGCAGUAUUUUGAUACUCGAUGAGAAAAAUGAAAUUCACAUUAUUCCAGAGGAAGCAACGCCGGUUGCAGUUUCAUUGGGAAAGAACAUGUAUCUAUUUACUGCCGAUCAAACCACUGGUGUACUUAGCGGAUUUUCCUUAUCUUACAGUAGUGAAAAGAAUCUAGUCGCUGAUAAAGUUUGGGAGUUGGUGCUCUCGCCAAAGAAUCAAAAGAUUAUUGAAAUUGUGUCGAAAAAUCCCCUCGAGCAUGUUCAUUCUCAAGGACGUGUUUUGAACGAUCGUUCGGUACUUUACAAGUAUAUUAAUCCAAAUCUCGUCGCUGUUGUUACUCAGGGAGUCAGUGCAACACAUAAAAAUACAUUGAACGUUUAUCUAUUGGAUAUUGUGUCGGGAUCGAUGAUUUUCUCGAUGGUACACAAAAAAGUACGUGGUCCAGUGCACGUGGUACAUUCCGAAAAUUGGUUAGUCUAUAGUUACUUCAACGAUAGAAGUCGAAGAACAGAAAUCGCUUCAUUGGAACUCUACGAGGGAAAAACGCAAAAUAAUUCAACUGUGUUUUCCUCAUUGUCCACGACAAAGUUACCGAUUGUCGAAAGACAAGCUUUUAUAUUCCCAGCGUCAAUCGAAUCAAUGAAGGAAACAAUCACCGAGAAAGGAAUAACAAGCAAACAUAUUAUAGUGGCCUUGGCGAAUGGAGGCAUUUUAGAAUUGCCAUGGAUGCUGGUCGAUCCGAGAAGACCGAUUAAUCCAGAAAUUCGAGAGGAAGGAGUGAUACCAUACAUGCCGGAGAUUCCAAUUCACAUGGACUCUAUUAUAAAUUAUAAUCAAAGUGUCUUUGGAGUAUCGGGAAUCCAUACGAGUCCCAGUGGCCUUGAAAGUACUUGUCUAGUCUUUGUACAUGGUCUUGAUUUAUUCUACACUAGAGUAGCGCCAUCGAAAACUUUUGACGUUCUAAAAGAAGAUUUCGAUUAUUACCUAAUUGUUAUUGUUCUCGCUGGAUUAGUGAUAUCGUCAUAUGUCACGAAAAAAUUGGCCUCACAAAAAGCCCAAAAGCAAGCGUGGAAAUGAUGUUACUUGACAACAUUAGAAAUUAGUUCAUUCGUGACGCGACAACUUUCAUCAUAAAGAAUAAAGAAAAAGAAAAAAAACUUAUGAAAGAAAGAAAACUAAUCGCUGUUGAAAAGAAAAAAGAAAAACAAAGGUAAUGUGUAAUAUAUUUCAUUUUCAUAUAUAUAGUUACUAUUUACUGCAAAUUAAAUUAUAAAUACUUAAUGUUAUUUCAUCCAAAGAUCAAUUAUACGACUGGCUUAACUUUUUUUCACUCUCCUUUCCUAUCGAAUACAUUGGAAUGGAGAAAUUUUGUUUUGCCAAAAAAUACCUAUUCCGAUUAAUUUUUUAAAAAAAAAAAGGUACUGAAUUUCCAAUAAAUUGAAUCAUUUUUUCAUGAAUGUCAAAGGGGAUGUAAAUUUUCGUUUUAUUUUCAAAUUUCUAGUAAAAGAAAUACAAUACUUUGAAGAUAAUUAAAAAUAUUGGAAAAAAACCUUCUCUUUAUCAGUAGUUUUCUAUAUAAAAAUAAAACUUCUUUCUUAGAGAAAAAAUUUUAAUUAGUGUCAUAAAUAAUGAAAUUCUACGUGAAUUUUUGUUCACUGUUAUUUUAUCAUUUAGAGAAAAUUUGUAUUUACAAAAAAAGAAUUUUACCAAGUAAUUUAAAUGUCAAUUUUACACUUUUCUUGUUUCUUAUAUUUGUACCUGCAUUUCUAUUUAAAAACUAUGGCAUUUAUUCCAUUGAGAAAAGAAAAAGACAAACAAAAAAGAAAAUGGAAAAAUAACAUUGCCAACAUCACAUAUUGUUACGUAGAUGGCUUAUUUAAAAUAAAAACUAAUUAUAAUAGUGAAAGAUCGUCGAGAAUGCAUAAGACAUUCGUUUCAUUUGAUUUAUCGAAAAUGAAAAAAAACGACAAAAUAAAAAAAAAGAGUAUUUUUAACUCUGCAAUAAUUGUACAAAGAAAUUAUGUCGAUUUGUAUUGUAACGUAAAUCGAUCUAUACAAAUAAUAAUAAUUAAAGCCAAACUGCCAAAUAGCAGUUAAGAGUACUAUGAUAAUUUUUGGAAUAAAAGAGGAAUUUUUCGUUAUUAAUUUGAAAAAAAAGUAAAAGAAAAAUAAAUAAAAAAACAGAAUAGUAUCGCAAAUUCCAAAUAUUCCUUGCCUUGUGGAUGAUAGAUUAAUUAUUAAUAAUUAGCUUGCUAUUUAUAUAUGCAAUAUUACACAAAAAAGAAAAGAAAAAGAAAAGAGGAUAAGAUGAAUUAUCAUGGCAACUAUUUGUUAAGUAUCUUGGUAUGAGAUAUAAUAAUAAUAAGGAAAUAAUAGUGAAUUUUUUCAAAAUAAAAAGAUCUCUGUACAGGCAAAAGGUAUGGUUUCUUUUUAAAUAACUAUGCCUUUAAUUAUAUAAACACUUUCAAAUUUAGUGAAUAAGUUGAAAGAGACGUGAGAAGAAUGAGAAAUUCAUUAGAUUUGUCGAUCAUUCUUUAUUAUGUACAUAAAAUUACAGAAGCACAAUAAAUGUGAUUUUGUAAAAUA